AUGGCUGAUGACGCACCAAUGUCUAUUGUCCCAUAUUCUUCAAAUCGACAUAUCGUACUACGCCACAAUGAUUCGGUGGUUGUACUCGACCGCGAUUCUCAACAACUAGUUCUUCGCAACGCGAACAAUCCCAAUAAUGGCGACCUCGACCUGGACAUACAAGACUGUCCUUACUGCCACCGUCCCAUGCGUGAUCGAGACAAUGAAGCAGAAGUACAUCGCGGACGCAGUGGUGGCCCCGCGCAACACGAUUUCGUGACCCCAGAAUACUUCCGUCUUCUUCACGAUAGCGUCCCAAACUCCGAAGCAUCUACACCACCACUUUCACCGCGUCUACGUCUCGCACAGCCGGCUUUGACAGAUGGUUCGGUUAGAUCUUCCUCGCCGUAUGCGCCACCAUCACCGUCAUCUCCGCAGGGGAUAUCGUCGGCAGCGUUCAGUCAGGGAUAUUUCAAGAAGUUCUUUGUCGAGGAAGCGGAGUUGGGUCGAGGCGGGAAAGGUGUUGUGCUUUUGGUAAAGCAUAUGCUUGAUGGUGUUUCGCUGGGUCAUUUUGCUUGCAAACGUGUACCAGUUGGUGACGAUCAUGAAUGGCUAGAAAAGGUUCUGGUAGAGGUGCAGCUCUUGCAGCAUCUAUCACAUCAGAAUCUUGUAUCGUAUCGACAUGUGUGGUUGGAAGAUUUCAAGAUCAGCACGUUUAGUCCGAGUGUGCCCUGCGCAUUUAUUCUUCAACAGUACUGCAAUGCUGGUGAUCUUCACAAAUAUGUGGUGGGAUCUGUGCCGACAUCGACGACCGCGCAGCAAUUAAAGGAACGUCUUCGUCGUCGAUCCAAAGGUCAGCCAGAGGCACCAGACUUUUCAGGACCCCGGAAACUCCAGUUUGAAGAGAUAUACUCUUUUUUCAGGGAUAUCACUUCGGGAAUCCGUUUCCUACACGCCAAUGGCUUCAUUCAUCGCGAUCUUAAACCAAGCAACUGCCUGCUGCAUGACUCGGGUCAAGAGUUGAGAGUUCUUGUCAGUGACUUUGGUGAAGUGCAACCUGAGAAUACAGUACGCAAAUCAACCGGCACGACUGGAACGAUUUCAUAUUGCGCCCCAGAAGUUCUACAGAGGGAAUAUCCCAAUGGCCCCUUUGUCAAUUUCACCUUCAAAUCUGACGUCUUUUCCCUCGGGAUGAUCCUUCACUUUCUUUGUUUUGCUCAACUUCCAUAUCACAGUGCAGAUCUCAUAGAAGAGAAAGAGGAUAUUGACGAGCUUCGAGCCGAGAUCAGUACCUGGAAGGGAUUCGAUGACUCGCUCAAGAGGCUUCGUCCGGAUUUACCAGACAAGCUUUACACCAUUCUAGAGCGACUACUAUCAAUCAACCCUAGUCGCAGACCUACUGCAGAUGAAGUCCUGCUUAUUAUACAGGCAGGUGUCACGGGCAACGAGAGCCGCCGGUUUGGUCGCGCAAGCUCCAAUGGACCUGAUUUCAGUCAACGCAUACAGCCUGUCGAAUCACCGGUCCCAAACAGUCCUCAGCCAUCUCGCUCUCCUGUCAAGGUCGCAUCACGAUCAACGGGGCCUCUAGCUGUCCGAUCACCUGUUCGUUACGAAACACGAAGCGUUACUUCAAAUAGAAACAACACAAUACUUGAGACAGAUUCAGAUAGUCAGUACCGCCAUCGAUCACCCAGUAACCCGGAUCAGGACGUGAUACUCCGUCCGCGAUUCCGAAGCACACCAUCUACACCUCCACGACGUAUCGAUGAUAAUGACGAGGUACAACAAACAGAUGGGCAACGACGAUAUACUCAUCCCAUGAUAGAUCAUCGCAACCAUGAUCCUCCGUCAACACCGCCCGAUCACACACUACUUCCACCACACCGAUUGCUCCCUCCACCUCCAGAGACCCUCUGGAGCAGUAACUCAUAUCUAUAUUUCAUACCCAUACCAUCCAUGGACCUUCAAGUCCCCAUUCCAAACGUACGAGUCACGCUCUUUAUCGCCAAACAAAUCCUUAUUUCACAGACAUGCAUGCCCAUGGCCGUGAAUCCAUGGGUGUAUUACCCUCUGUUCAUACUCGCUGUACUAUCUUUACCCGUACAAAGCUCGAAAACACAGUUGAUUUCUUUGGCUGUUCAUCUCGGAUUGAUGGCGUUGAGUGUGAGGAUGGAUAGUAUUUGUGUCUGGGGAAGUUCGAGAGCGUUUUUCGCAUGAUUUGUCUGUCGCAUGGCUAUGCACUUGAUGAUUAUAUACCUGCAUAUACGAUACCUUACAUACGAUUCUGGACGUGGGCGAGGAUGAAUGUUUUUAAUAUUGUUAUCUAUGAAUACGACGACGUACACGAUUGUAUGAGAAUACAUGUAGAAGGUGAAACGAAACCACGUCUCUACGGAAUCCUUCUAGACUUUAUCUAACCACCCAGGGAGAGAAAUAAAGCCAGAAGAAAAGCUAUGAUGCAGUCAGAGAGCCUUCUUUUAUGUAGAAUAAAUCAAUAUCGGAACUUGUAUUAGUGA